CUCGGAGCCGGUGCGGGCAGAGAGCGAGGCAGCUCCCUCGGGGCGCGGGGGGAGACCGGCGGCUCCUCUCUGCCGCUGCCGGAGCCCGCGACUUAAAUAGAGGCUGUGUUUUGUCAACAGCUCAUUCUGCUGGCCGGCAGGUUGGCUGGCUCGGGGACUGAGCAGCGGCAUCAAAGUCUGUUGGAUGGGUAGAAAGGAUAACAUGAAAGAGUCAGUGUUUUGAGGCACUGGGUUGCUGAGGUGCUGCAAGAUCUGCAAGUGGACCAUAAACCCUUUGCAGGGACCUGUGUUGGAGGAGCAGAGCUAAAAAGGAGGAGUAGUGUUGCCCUCAGAAAGCUGGAACUGACCAGCUUGUUGGAAGAUGACAUUUACUCCUGCUUAAAGCUGCUAUUCUUAAAACAAACAGUAGAAGAAUGUGGAAGAACUCAAGCCUCCGCUGCCUUUUAGCACUAGCUAUUUUAUUUUUAAGAAGCUUAGUGUACGGCCAAGAGAUAGGCUCUCCAGGGGACCCCCAGAAUUUGAAAUGUGUAACGCACAACUUACAUAAAAUGCUCUGUACUUGGGAUGUCUCUUCUAGAGGAAGACAUGGACAAACUGACUUUUGCUACACUACCAAUGACCUUACCCCUCAAGUCUGUUUCAAAACUAAGGAGAGGAGGGUUGAAAUUCCAAUCCCAGAGAGCUCCAUCACAGUGACAAUCAAAAGCUCUGGAACUGCUUUUGCUGCCAGAGAAUUUGUAAUUCACCAGAAAGACAUCUCCUUUGUUCCUGUCACUCCACACAUUCUUAGUUUAAUGCCUGACUUUCCAACUUCCACAUUGAAUCUGAAGUGGAGUGAUAAUGGAUCAGUCUUCCCAUAUGGACUGGAUGCCCUUUGGCAGAUUCAGAUACUCCGAAAAGAAGCUAUGGAAGUAGUCACACAAGUUACUUACUACUCAAAACUGACUCAUGAAGAUGCCAUUCUUUCUUGGAGCUGGACAUCAGAUGUGCCUUUGGAGUGCACAUCACACUAUGUGAAGAUUCGCUGUUACAUUAAUGCAACACAGUUUGUUGGCCCCAAGGAUUGGAGUGCCUGGAGCCCGGCAAAAGUGAUCCCUGGAAAAGAUACCGAGCCUGGUGGAAGUGGAGUGUUUCCUCUGGACCGUGUGGUGGCAGUAGGUUCAGAUUUGGUGUUUUGUUGUGUCCAUGAAGAAGAUGAGCACAUAAAAAAUAUGACUUACGGAUCAAAAUCCUAUACAAUGACGCAACUGAGCCGUCGAAGCCAUGCCAUCAGAGUGCUAAAUGCCAGUGUUUCAAAUGCCAGCGGAACAAAUGUAGUGUGCAGACUCGAACAUGGGUUUGAAGGAAGUGUCGUGUUUGUAGGAUAUGCUCCUGAUAUUCCCCAAAACCUCAGCUGUGAAACACCCAACUUUCUGAUAAUAAAAUGCACCUGGAAACCAGGCAGGCCCAGUGGACUAUAUGGAGAACGAAGAACAAAGUACAAUUUAUUUGAAAGAACAUCUGGUAAAAAUGUUUCAUGCGAAGUCAAUGAAGUUAACAGAGACCAUGUUUGUGGCUUUCCAGUACUGCCUGAUCAGAAAACCUAUGAUUUCAUAUUAGGUGUCUCCAAUCCUAUUGGGCAAGCACAGUCAUCUCUUUUGGUCAAUAUAACUCAAAGAGUUCAUCCGAAAGCCCCAGAAAAGUUAACUAUUACUGGGAACAACUCUACAAGCAUCCAACUGCGUUGGUUUAUAAAUGGCAGCUUUGCUGAGACGAGGCUUCUGUGUCAAAUUGAAAUAAGCAGUAGUCACUCUGAGAGAAAACUGCACAAUGUCUCCGUGCCUGGGCGGAAAUCUUCAACUUACACAGCUCAGCUGAAUGCAUUGCGCCCUGACACCAAAUACCAGCUCCGGGUGCGCUGCUCGGCCGCUGACCACUUCUGGAGGUGGAGUGACUGGAGCAGGGCGGUGGAGCAGACCACAUCAGAAGCCCCUCCUACAAGAGGACCGGAUAUCUGGAGAGAGAGAAGUCCUUCUGGUGAAAGUGUAAUAGUCUUCUGGAAGCCCUUAUCCCUUUCUGAAACCAAUGGAAAAAUAGUGUCUCAUGAAGUGUCCUGCCACCUGCUAGAGAGACUACUGGAGCAUAAAGUAGUCUCUGAACCCUCAAACAGUACUGAGAUAAAACUUGGAAAAAGUGACUGUGUAAUUAGUGUUGUAGCCAGAAACCAUGCGGGCUCAUCUCCCCCUUCAAGGAUAACAAGCGUGGAACUUCCAAGUGACAAUGUCACAACAGAUCAGGCUGUGGCAAUGGGCAAUGGAAUUAAUAUUUCUUGGGAUUCUUACCCCAACAUGACGUGUGGCUACAUAGUAAAAUGGUGUCAUUCAUCUGGGUCUGAACCCUGUAGUGUGGACUGGCAGAAGUUUCCUUCAAAUGCAACAAAUGCAGUGAUAAAAUCUGCUCUCUUCAAACCUGGCGUGAGAUACAACUUUUCUCUGUAUGGCUGCAAAUCCACGGGAUAUCAAUUGCUGAAAAACAUAACUGGCUAUAUGAAAGAGCUGCCUCCAAAAACUGCACCAAAUUUUAUUGUUGAAGAAACUUCUUCAGAUUCUAUCUUGGUAAAGUGGGAAGACAUUCCUAUUGAAGAAUGCCGAGGAUUUCUAAAAGGAUAUCUUCUUUCCUUUGCAAAAGGUGAAAAAGAUGCUUUAAAGCCUAGACUUUCAGAAUCAGGGAAUCCAGAACUUAAAGUUAACAAUAUCACUGACUUAACAAAGAAGUCUAUGAAAAUACUUGAUCUUCAAGGCAAAACGAGUUACCAGCUGGAACUACAAGCCUACACUGCUGGUGGAUUGAGCCCUCCAAACAGCCUCUAUGUGGUGACAAAGGAAGACUCUGUAGGAUUAAUCAUUGCAAUUCUCAUCCCCGUUGCAGUGGUGGUGCUGCUUGGAGUGUUGGCCAGCAUCUUCUGCUACCGAAAGAGGGAAUGGAUUAAAGAAACAUUUUAUCCAGAAAUCCCAAAUCCUGAGAACAGUAAGGCACUGCAGUUUCAGAGGAACAUCUGUGAGGGGAAUAAGACACUUAAAACACUGGAAAUGAACCCGUGCACCCCCAACAGUGUUGAAGUGGUGGAAACACAGUCCACAGCUCCAAAGAUUGAAGACACAGAGAUGAUGUCCCCAGCAGCAGAGACCACUGUGCCUGAAGAUGGCUCUGACUCAGAAAUGGAAAACCACGUUGUUGUCUCCUACUGCCCCCCUAUCAUUGAAGAGGAGAUCUCAAAUCCCCCUACAGAUGAACCUGGGGGGUCAUCUCAGGUGGUUUACAUUGACAUCCAGUCAAUGUAUCAGCCUCAAAUUAAACCAGAGGAGGAGCCAGAAAUAGACUUAGUGACUACAGCAGGCUAUAAGCCACAAAUGCAACUCUCUAUCAGUGCUCUGAAAAUAGAGGGCCAUUCACCUGUGGAGGAAGAAUUGGAUAAAACUGCAGGUUACAGACCUCAAGCAAACACAAACGCGUGGAACAUGGGCACUCCGGACUCUCCCGGAUCAGUUGAAAGCAACAAUGAAAAUGCAUCUUUUGGGAGCCCAUGUUCAAUUAACUCCCGACAGUUUCUUCUUCCCCCAAAAGAUGAAGAAGACUCUCCUAAACCCAUUAACACAGGGUGGUCCUUCACACACUUUUUUCAGAACAAACCAAAUGAUUAACAGUGAGUCCUCAUUGCACGUGAACCUGCCUUCUGAAUAAGCUUUUAUGCCUGGUAUUGUUAAGAAAGGAAGAAGAAAAUGCAAAAGGCAUGAAUUAUUCUUGGAGACAGUCAGCAGAAGUUCUAGUGAGCUGAGUGUUACCAUGUUUAAGUUAGUCAAAGUGUUAAUAUUCCAUUGUAAUAGAGGCUGAGAGGCCAAAAUUAUAACAAUUUAGUUAUUAGUCUAGUAAAAUAUAUUGGAUAUAUGGGGUUUUGAAUUUACAGCCCCUGAUAAUUAUAGUCAAAGAACUCUGCCUACCUUCCCACAGUGCUCCAAGAUAAACAUGGUCUCAUGCAAUUUAUAACUUGGAAAGAUUGCUUUGCUUUGUUGUAGUUGUUCUCAACCGUGCAGACUCAAAUGAUGCAGCACCAACAGAUUUCCUUACUGAAGGUUUAAUUUAUAGCAAAUCUCAGCCUAAGACUCGGAAACAAUGUGACUGGAAACUGUUGAGAUCUUUUACCUAGUUAUAAACAAUGAACAAAUGAGAGUGCUAAUUUUUUUUCUUCUCCUGUAUGGAAGGUAUUGUCACUGUUUAACACUUAGAAAGCAAUGGCCAUUCAAAUCUGUUGCUUUUUGACUAGACACUAAUUUCUGUACCUACUGUACAAUGUUUAUUAAAUGUUUGACUCAGGGGUACAAACUUGGGGAAAAGAAGUGUAACACUGAUUGAAACCUCAACAAGAAUUGCAUAAAGUUUAAAACUUCCUUUUUUUAAAAAAUAUCUUAGAAUGCUCUAUAUUUUUUCAAUCUUUUGGUUAAAGAGUUAAUCUUACCUAAUGUAUUGCACUAAUACAUUUUGUAUUUCAUAGCUUCUGCUCCAGAUCUCCUGCUUUGAAGUGGUACAGUAGUCCAUUCACCCUCAGUGUUUAGCAGUCUUUGCACUAUGCAGUAAUGUAAGCCAUGGGGAAAUCUGUCUACUCACCUUAGCUGCUGAAGCAGUUUGGCACAUGAAAUUAGAGGUAGUAGGACUAGGUCCUUGAGGAGAAAUUGCUUUUUGGAUGAUCUUUAUUGUAUUACCUUUGUAUUACCUGCUGCCUGACUGAUCUUUGAUCUUAUGUGUCAACCCAACAGGACCUUCUGUACAAAUCCUGCCUGGGAGUACAAGGUAGGAUUUCUCUAGUGGCAGGGAGAAACCCAGGGAGGUUCUAGUGCCACUAAUUCUACCUCUCCUUUACCAGAUAUGUGAUGCAAAGAAAGCUUAAAUUAUGUACAUUUGUGUGCUUAAAGGAGUGUUUAGAACAAUCAUCUUUUAAAAUGCUUGUUUUCCCAUGUGCAUCUCUAGACAACUGUAACUGUAACAUUUCACUGUGUAAAUUUCAGGCUGUGGCUUACAUGAAUUUCACUAGCUUACAGGAGAAACUUUUGAGAAAUUUACCUGUUUCUUGCUGUAAAACAGUGGGGAGGCAUCAGAUGAGCUUGAUCAAAAAGGGUCUCCAUAAAGUUCUAACCAAUUUUUUUUUAAUCUCCAUUUCGUUAGCUACUGUGCUUUGUUUGGGGUUUGGAUUGCUGUUUGGUUUUUGAGGGGUUUUUUUUAAAUAAAUAAGACAUGGGAAUGGUUUUCUAAAUAAAACAGAUUAGGAGACUGAAUUGUCUAGGCUGCUAGUUGUAAAGGUGUGAGAGUAGAUCAGGAGGAUGUGACCUGACAGACAUUUGGUCUCCAAACCACAUGAUCUGGCCAUCAAAAUAAAACCAAGCAUAAGGUUAAACCUAGUCACAGCAAUGGGUGGUUCAGUUUCAGAGGCUGGCAUGUCUCUGCCAUCUCCACAGAACGAAAGUGUAGAGAUGUUUCAGAACUGACAAAAAGGCAAAGCACUAAAUAAUUACCACAAUAGGUAACAACCUCCUGUGUGUGCCUCCCGGACUAGUGAGCUGUGAAGUAGUGAAAACCAGAUUGGUCUGCAGGUCCGGCAGAGUGCAAGGUGCCUCUGAAAGGACAGAAAGUGCACAUAGGAUUCAUCUGUUGAAUCUUUGAGUUAGCAGGCUGCAAGUGGAAACACAGGCAGUGACGUCCAUUUGUGACCAAGCAUCAGCACAAGAGAAGUGUCAUAGCAUAUUACUUAGAUAGAACAUUAACAUAUGAAAGGAAGCAGUUAAGCCCUUUGUGACUGAUAGCUGGGAGGAGGCUAAAUCCUAAUAGUAACAACUGUUUUUCAUAAUUAUUUUUUUCUAGAAUAUUUCAUUUCAUUUUAAUGUGUCCAUCUCCUAAGAUGGAUUUUAGCUUUUGCUGCUAUAUGCUUUUAAUUGAAAGCAGAUGAUGUCAUGGACAGUGUGUAUGGGUAGUGGUUAGGGGUUUUUUUAUAGAGCAGAUUCUCAGUACAGAGGAGCAAUCAGUAUUGCAUGGUGAUCCAACUGAAAAAAACACCCUCUAUAGCAGAACAGCUGACCAUGAAGAAUAACUGUGCUUUUCAUAUGGCUGUGUAUUGCAAGAAACAAAAUCAAACUGCUAUUUGAGAGUACUGGCAAUUUUUAAUUUGGAGACUGGAAAUCAAGGCAGCUGCAGAGAACACACAGAGCUCUCACAGGAAGCAGUUCAGGACCAUUGUCAGUGUUCAUAUGGUGAAUCACUUACACAUAAGCAUCACAUACUCAGGUUUCCAAUGUGCUGCUCCUCCUAUUCAGUAAAGACAGCAACAUUUUAAAUUGCUUCAUUUCUUAGUGAUUAGGUAAGGAAAGGCUCCACAAAUGUAUAUUCUGCCUCAAUGUUGAUCUUAUAAACUCCCUCUGACCUAGUUAUUAAUCUCUUUUUUUUUUUUUUUCUAAUUCUUGACGAUAUACCUGGUGUUCUGACUUUCAGGAUGCAGGUCAGAAAGGUCCUUUAACAGGAAUAGCUUCAGUAAGGAGAGUGGGGCAGAUGUGGGAGAGACACAAGCGUGUGCAGUAUCUGUAGCUGUCAUUGUCACUUAGUGCUGAUGAGCCAGUAAACAGUUGUCCUUCCAGCACUUGAAAGCUCAGCUGCUUCACCACUGUGGUUUCCUUUGAGCCUAUUCAGUGCUGCCUUUCAAAUGCCUGUCUCAGAUCUUCAGCAGUGAAUUCAGAUGCACGGGGAGAGGUGCUGCUAAGGUGAUCAGCCACCCCUAGGUACACGGAGCAGUAGGGAUGAAUGACCAGGAGAGUCAGGGAACAGACUUGCUUUCUGAGCCCAAGUGCCAUGUUAAACCAGUGAAGCAUCUUUAGGAAUGUCUUUGAAUCAAAUACUCUUUCAAAGCAUGGUGCUCUCUCAUAGCCUCUAAAUGCUUUGAUAACAGUUGUAAGUUUCAGAGGGGAUCAGAUUCUUUGUACUAGUGCCUUCUAGCUUCCUGAUGAGCCUCUUCGGACAAGUUUCUUUUCUGAAAAAUAUCUUAGGAAUCCUAAAGUUUAAACAGCAUUUCCUUACCAUCCUUUUGUGGAAAAUCUUACCCUUUAUUGAACAUUUAUUUUUAGUUCUUUUGCCUUUUUACUUCAUUUUUUAGAAGAGUAGAAAGUGCAGCUUUAAAAAAAAAAAAUUAAAAAGAACCAAACAAAAAGCAAAAUCCAACAACUUCCAGAAGGGAUUGUGUCAUGCCUAACUUCAGUCCUCCAGGAUCAGUGUUUGGAGAUGUAGGGUAUUAAUGCCAAGCAGUUGCUUUCUGAAGAAAGUCGUCGGUUCUGCUGCUUUUUAUUUUUGAGCCAUGACUGUCAUAUGUGACAAUUUAAGUUUUGUAAUGGGUUUUUGUACUGUUCACUGUACGUGUGGAACAUCAGUCACAUUUGAUGUAUCGUUGUGCACUCUCCUAUUUGACACAUUCAUUAUUUUUGUUUUCUGACCUGCCCAAGAUGUGGGAUCUCACGUUUGUGUUAGAUUUUGGGAUGGUAGAUCUGCAUGUGAUAUACCUCACAGAACUACUAGUUAAUAUAUCAACAAAAUAGCAAGCUAAUAUUACAGGCAGGCAGUGAAUUACCUCCCCUGCUGUGCAGUGGCUGUAUAGGCAGACCUAGAACCUGAUAACUGACUGUCAUGGUUUGAGCCUGGUCAAACCACCACACUGACAUUUGCUGUCUUUAUUAUCCCUAGUUGCUGCUUUCAUGUUUAAACCAUUUCCAAAGGGAGCCAGUCGCUGUGCUGCUUGUCAUGGCACAAUUGGCAGAUCUGCCACGUUUCUUCACCUUUGGUUUGUGUGAGGGACCAGAACUUGACUUUGCCAGGAACGUGGCAGCAGCACGCUCCUGCUGACCUCAAGCUUUAGGCUGCUCUGGAGAGGUAUUUUCAAAUCACCUUUUUAUGUUGUUGUUGAUAGGUUCAGCUGGGUAAAGCUGAGUGCUGUGGUGUUUCCUGUGGUCAUGAGUUCACUCAGUUGAACAUGAAUAGGAGCAAAAAGGAAAGUGAUUGGGUGCAUUGGAGAGAGAAGGUGAUUAGACACCACUCUGAAAAGGCAAUGACAAAUUGUGUGCCCUGUUUUUAAAUAAAUACUGCUUUGUAAAUAGAAUACUUGUACCCCUACAAGUAGAUAGAAAUAUAGUAACAUAAUUUGACAGAUAUUAGAAAAAUGUAACAUUUAAAGAAUGAGAUUGCUAACAAAGGCUCUGUGUACCAUAAAUCUGUGAAGAGCUUCCCAUGUAAAUAGCAUCUUAUAUUCUGCCACAGACUUUGAUGAAGACUUCAGUGCAAAUGGCAUUUAAUAUUUAUGACACUAAGUCCUAACCCUUUACGCACACAUGUGCUUGCAUCAUCACGUGCCUAGGUGCAUAUGGCAGAAGAAGUCGGCUUACAAUUGCCAAAGUGAUUUUUUUGGAGUCCUGUACAUGAAUAUAUACUUUCUGAGACAGUUUUGUCUGGAGGAAGCACCUGCUGUCUUGUGCUCCUCCCAACACACUUUGCAACACUUGUGGUGCUUGCAUUGAAUGGUGCCCUCUGUGGAUGAGGCUCAAAGAUGCUGUUGGCAAUAUUUGUUGGUUUUUUCCCCUUGUCUAUUCCUUAGCCAGCCUGGAAACACAGUCCCAGACCCCGAAUGCUAGACAAGGAUUUAAAAGUGUUUAAGUGUUUUAUUCCCUUUAUUCCAGUUUAAGACUGUCUUAGAUAUCUUGUUAGGAGCUGUAAAAUAGUUUCUUCCACCACCAUUUUUUUUCCCCUCCCUCAUUUAUAUAACUCUGGAUUUUUCCCAGUGCUUCUCAGAUAACCAGUGUUUGUUUCCUUUUAGCAUGUUAUACAAACAAACCUCAGAUGAUAUUGGCAGGCUUUCUGUAACUUUAUAAAUUGUCCCAGUGUGCAUGACAAUACUUCUCCCCCACAAAAACAUCUGUUAAUUCCUUCUGCUUUUACAACUGAAACAAAAAAAAACUCAAGAGGAAUUCUGGGUUUUGGAGGGCAGGAGCUCAGCCUGCCCAUGCAGGUGAGGUGGUCUAAUGGCAGGGUGUUUCAUGAGAGGAUGGGGUUAAUCCCUCUCCAGUCUCACUCUCUUCUGUGACAGCACUGUCCAGGUGACUUUGUGGUGCACCAGAGCAGAUGAAAUCCUUGGUUUUCAACUUGAUACCCAACAAAAUUUCUAGGACAAUCCCAAAUCUGCAUUUUGACUGAAAGCAAGCUUCAGUGGAGAUUUAUGGACAACUUCCACUAGAAGGGUCAGUACCUUUGCAGCUCACUUGGUCUCAUGUUGUGCAAAAGGUAGGGAGUAAGACUAACCACAGAACAAAGCAAAAAGUGAAAAUUUCACUUUUUCAUUACGUGGAUUAAGAAAACUUUAAAAAUUAGUAGCUUGAGCAGGGCAAAGUAAAAUAGAAAGGUCGCACCCUUUAGUAGUAACACAAUAAAAAAAGAAUCCUUGAACGCCACUCUGUCCAUGUUUUCUAAAUGUGGUUCAAGAAUGGCUUUGGAAACAUUUUACGUUUUGAUACCAUGUCAAAAGUUUGUAAAGCUGGGGAUAACAAAAAGAGAAGACAACUGAAUCAUCAUAUCUGAAAUCCUACUUGAAGGUAACAGCAAUUUGAACUUUGAGCCUGUUGUGGCACACAAAAUAUCAGAACUGGUGGAAUCAUACAGGUCACCUGAAAAAAACACACAACAUUGUACUAUAAUGCUGUAACUUUAAACAUAUACUGUGAAUAGGUUCAAUGUUUUUUUUAGCUCCUUUUAUACCAUAUUUUUUACAGCAUAAAUAAUUUGCUUAGAGAUGUUUUUUAUGUUCUGUUUUUAUGAAGAUUUUAAUGGACUUUUGUUUAAUACUAGUGAAAAUAUUGUUUGCCAAUUUGACAUAGUCAUCUAUAGAAGUUAAUGCUGAGAAUAAAUCAGUAGACUGAGCUGAAAAAAUAGUCUUCAUAACACACUAAAUCUAAUAAGUCAUUCAGCAUAUUUUUGUUGCUGAAUGAUACUGAAAUUUUCCAGCUUCCAAGUCUGCUAUUGAAAAAUUACUUCUUUCACAAUUUUAGCAAAAUCAUCACAAGGCACUUUAAUAAAGCUGUAGCAUGCCAAGUAAAAUACUGAUUCAACAAAGUGUAUCAAUAUGAAAAUUUAUCAGCUAAGCAGUUAAACAAAUGCAUGCUUAAAAAAGGAAGCAUGGGAUCAUGUUGGGGAUAUACUAUUUCAGUGUGGCAGUUGACAUUUAAGACUAACCUAACACUAAGAUACAACUUUGCAUACAUUUUAAACCUAGUUUGCUUGCUUGAUGUAACUCCUGUUGUAUUCCUUGGGUGUCUAAAAGUAAGCAUGUGUUUAACAAUUUUGCCAUAGUAUUGCCAUGAAAUUUAAUAAAUAUAUUUUCUUACACUCUUA